GGAUUGAAAAAAUAAUGUCAGUCGACUGUCAAAGUCAGUCGUUUUUAUGUUUGUGUGAUUAUUAUCCUAGUAAUUUAAUUAUUAUUUCGGUUGUUUGCAAGUAUUAUUGUAUUAACUACGGUGUUAUUAUACAAUUAGAAUAUAGUCCUUGUGUGUGCAACCGAGUUUUAACCUGAGGAAAUGGAAGCAGCUAAAAAUAACGGCAGUCGUGGUGGUGGUCGACUGGGAAACCGUGGUGGUGGUGGUCCAGUAAGAAACCGCGGGCGUGGGCGUGGACGUGGGCGCGGCGUUGCCCGAUCGCUUCAUUUUGCUAUGGGACAGCCAGUUGUAGAGGAUGCAGUCAGCGUCUCGUCUGCGUCCUUUGCUGUUGCAGGACCAUCGCAACCAACGACGUCAAUGGUAGAAGAAAGAAAAAAAAUAAAAAUGCGGGCUCUGGACAAGAAAAAUAUGGCCCGGUUACCAGAUGAGCAAAGGGCACGGCUUCAAGAACUACGUGACAGGAAGGAGGUCGCGCAAUUUUUAAUGCCUGAUGCUCCUCCUAGCAAAAAUAGAAGAAAAGUGUCGCCGGUCCGAGUGUCGUGUCCUUUGGUGCCGGGCACCCCAGAAGUGCCGCCCCCGCGUAUUCCUCAAAAAUGGGAAUUGCAGAAGUCAGCGUUGGACGAAAGUGAGCCUUCGAGGUUUGAGCUCGUAAAAGAAGAAGCCACCACACCGCCACCCUCGAAGGAAAAUCAGUUAGUUUGUACCCCGUCCAAGGGGGUAAUUAUCCUAGAUGAAGGUCAAGAGGUGGACGAGCACAAUAUUUUGGUCGAUGCCAACAUUGAGAUGAUAGGGUUCCCGCCCGGGCCAUCGACGUCUUUCACAAGAGCAGAACUUUCGAUUUACGAAGAAGACCCGGAGGAAGAAAUUCUGCAGUGCGAACACUCUGCGGUUCUGAAUCCUGGCAGUGAUGUUGAGGAGGAGGAUUGCCUGGAUGGUUUUCGAUCUUCCAGGAGGCACGCUGGAGAAUUCGCCGUGGAAGACUUGUCCAGCGAGCUCCGCGAGGUCUUAGGAUCCAUCGACAGGCAGGAUGAUUGUGCUCUACAAGAGUCGAGUGAGGAGGAUCUGCUGAUAUUUGAUUGGUCUCACGAUCCCCAAGUUUUUGUUGGGGUGCGAGAAAAUUUUACGGGACCAGCGGGGCCAACUUUCCCCAUUGAGGGUAUGUCUCCGUUCCAAGUUUUUUCGAAAAUUUGGGACGGAGACAUAAUCAACCUCAUCGUCGAUGAGACCAACAAAUAUGCAGCGAAUCUGGUCUCCUCGCCCAUUAAACAAUUCUCUCGUAUGAGAAAAUGGACACCAAUAACGCCACAAGAGUUGUGGACGUUUAUUGGUGUCAUUAUGCUGCAAAGCAUCAUCCCACUCCCUGUGGAGAAGGAAUACUGGUUCCCCUGUUUGCCUUAUUUAAAAUUGGGCAAAUUCGCCGAUAUUAUGGCGUACCAUCGUUUUUCGCUCAUAAAGCGAUGUCUACAUUUUGUAGACAAUAUUUUGUGUGGCAGAGGUAUCCCGACGAAGCUCAUGAAGAUUCAACCAGUAAUUGACCACCUCAACACAAAAUUUAGCUCUUUAUACCUACCUGAGCAGGAAAUUGCUAUAGACGAGUCGCUGAUGCUGUGGAAAGGCAGACUCUCUUUUGCUCAGCUCAUAGCAACUAAAGCUGCUCAGAUAGGUAUAAAGAGUUAUGAACUUUGUGAGUCCAAGACGGGAUAUCUCUGGCAGAUGAUAAUAUAUACUGGGAAGAAGGAACGCCAUAAUGUCGAGAGUAAUGAGAACGAGGCUGAGCCUGAGGGUGCGACGUCAAGGACUGUUUUAAAGUUAGUUCGUCCAUUACUUAAUAGAGGUCAUACUCUAGUAAUGGACAACUUUUAUAACAGUCCUUUACUGGCACGCACGCUCAAGGCCCAGAAGACGGACGUAAUGGGCACCCUGCGUCUGAACCGAGAGUUCGUGCCUGACAGUUUGCGCCACAAAAAUAAGGCAAACAUGCGGACUGGUGAAGUGGCAUUUAGCCAGACACGGGACAUGACAAUUACGGUGUGGAAAGACACGAAUGUGGUAUCACUAAUAUCAACAUACCACAAGGUAGAGGUCGGCGGAAAAGAGAAGUACGGCUACUAUCGGUAUAAACCGAAAGUAGUAUUAGAUUACAACCUGGCUAUGGGAGGCGUCGACAAAAAGGAUCAACUUUUGCAGGCGUUUCCCAUAGAAAGGGUUCGUAAUUUAAUUUGGUACAAGAAGCUUUUCCGCCGGCUUCUCAACGUGUCCAUCCACAACGCCUUUGUCAUGUUCUCAAAAUCAGGGACAGUCAAAAUGGCACAGCGGCAAUUUCGGGUGUUGUUGGCGGAUGAAAUCAUACAGAGAUUUCGCCCGCCAAAAAUAGAACGACCGCUCCCAAUAACCAGCCACUUCCCUGCUAAGACAAAUGUGAGGAAGUCACGUUGCAAGUGGUGCGCAUUAAAAAAAGUAGAUGCUUGCACAGCUUAUAAGUGCGAAUCUUGCAACGUGAACCUCUGCAUAAUCAAUUGCUUUAAAGACUAUCACAUUUCUCGGGGACUGGUAAAGUCCAGUAGUAGUCAAAGAAUAAUCUUUAAAUCAACCAAUUUUACUUACCCGACUGCCGAUAGAUAAUCAUAUUUUUGAAAUUGACGUUUAAAACCCGGUUUGGUUAGACUGGUGUCAGAUUUACUGGCUUCUGACUACCCGUAAUGACUGCCAAGGAUGUUCAAUGACAGCCGGGACCUAC